CUUCUUGUGCCUAAUAACCCCAAUACUUGAGUACACACGUACUCUGAUUAAACAUUGCUACAGUGCUAUAUCACCGCAGCUAUGGCGAACGAAACAAUAGAUCUGCUUGGAGAUGGAGGCAUCUUGAAGACUAUCAUUACAGCCGGUACAGGCACUCGCAAACCACAGAACGAAGACACUGUGGUUGUGCACUACGACGGCACUCUGGCCGAUGGCUCGUUUGUGGACAGCAGCAGGAAACGGAACCAGAAGUUCAGUUUCAUAGUGGGUGAGGGAAAGGUGAUACAGGGCUGGGAGUUGGGUGUACCUACUAUGAAGCUGGGCGAGAAGGCGUUGUUCACCCUCCAACCCGAGUACGCCUAUGGCGACACGUCUCCGUCAGAGAACAUUCCCAUUAACUCUGUGGUCAAGUUUGAGAUCGAGCUGUUCGAGUGGUUUCAAGGAGAGAAUCUAGCGGGGAAGAAGAAUAACAAAGGUGUUAUGUACAAGGACAUCUCCAAGGGUGGUGGCUACCUCAAGCCAAAGGAUGGCGAGAGUGCUAUGAUCUCGUUCAAAGGAGUACUCGAUACGGACGAUGGAGAGGUCACAGUUGUGGAUGUGAAGAACAAGUCUGUUGUGGUGGGAGCCAUCGCGACGUGCACAAGUAUUCUUAGUAUUGAUGAUACGGAUGUAAAGGCGCUCUUCCGCCGAGCGAGUGCGCUUAUGGAGCAGGGCGAGUGCAAGCGUGCAGAAUACGAUCUCAAGAAUGCCCUCCUGUUGCAACCCACAGACACUGCUAUAAAGCGUAAACUGGCCGAUUGCAAGAAGCAGAUCAAACUUCAGGAGCAGAAGGAUCGUGCCGUCUUUGCUAAGAUGCUUGGCUGAAGAUGAGCGCUGUCGUUCUUUCGCACUUGGUUUCGAUCUCCUGAACCUAUAUACAGACACACACAUACACACAUACGCAUACACACACACAUUCUAAUACACAUACACUUACAUGCACAUACGUACAUACGUAAAUACAUACAGAUACACAUGCGCAUACCCUCAUGCGGACAUAUACUAAGCACCGUAUACUAAGAUGAUUCUAGCCUAUUGGAGUGAAUAUUGAGGCGCUGAGCGGGCCACAUUCAUAUGUACUGGCUAGCGAUGAUAGGCUAACUUUCACGAUAGCUUUCCAUCCGGAUAUCAUUGCCAAAUUGUCAUGCCAACAUGGCACAAUAGCCAUAUUGCAAGUGUCAAGAACUACGGCCAUGCGCACUUCGCUGUGGGUUCCAAAGUCCUUUUGUCUGGUAUCCCGCAAACCCCCUUGCCAUCCCGGCCGAUGACCCAUCAGUUCUGGAGCGUUUAUUGUGCGGAAAUCGUCUUCUCUGGCCACCUUCGUGCUGGUAUCAUCUAUCACCCGGGCGCCGUAGCUGUUCUCUCGGCCACUACUAUAGUAGUGUUUUGGUUCCGCAUCGAGAGGCUUGGAGAUGCACCAAGCACGGGCGGGGCUCCUACUAGCAAACCAGACUGAGAUUGUAUACACCUCGGCUAUAGUAUAUCAUCGGAUUACAUCCUAAUAGACCAGUGAAUGUGCUGCUUACUGCACUAGCGGUUAAUAAAUUUGAACCCGUGGUGCUACCUAAAUGUAGCCGCAUGGUCCCAAAAAAUCGCCAGCCCAAA